CUGGUCUUCAGUUGAGCUUCUUCUGUUUCUGGCACAGUGACAGACAGGAUGGCAGCUGCUGCAAUGUCUGCAAACAUAUGUGUAGCCAGAGUUGAGGCAAGUCUAUCAUCAGAGGCUUCAGACAGACGGAUACACCUGGCCUGAUAUGAAACUUCUGACUUCAGUAGAACUCAGUAACAAGUGUUGAAGCCUAGCAGUUGGUCUCCAACUUAGUAUGAGUGGUAUUAUGGCGACUGCAACACCUGUGAGCGAUUAUGAAAAACUCAUAAAGCGCAGCAGCAGCUUUCAACUCCUGCCACCUACCAUGUCUGAGCAGAGUGUUGUUCUGUUGGGGAACAGCUGGUCUGAGAGGAGUUCAGUGGGGAACUUCAUACUGGGAAAGACUCAGUUCAACACUGACAAAGAACCAGACUGCUGUCUGACAGUCAGAGGACAGUUGAAGGAGAAAGACAUAAUUCUCAUCAACACCCCAGAUCUGCUGCUUCGAAAUAUCUCUGAAGACAAACUGAGAGAACAUGUACAAAACUGUGUGAGACUCUCUGAUCCUGGACCUCAUGUGUUCCUGCUGGUUCUACAGCCUGAAGACUUCACUGAGCAACACAAAUUGAGACUGUGCAGAGUUCUUCAACUCUUCAGUGAUCGAUCAUUUGAUCAUUCACUGAUACUGAUAUCAACACCCAGAGAGGAGAGUUCAGGUUUCUCAGAAAACUACAUGAACUAUCCACCCUUAAAAGAGAUGAUCAGAAUGUGCCGAUACAGAUACUUGAAGCAGAAGGAACUUGAACUUCCAGAGCUGUUAACACGUUUGGAUCAAAUUGUAAAAGAGAACAAUGGAGAUCAUCUGAGCUGUGAUGAUGAAGAUGCUGGUUUAACCAUGACACCAAAGUCUGAACACAUCAAACCAGCUUUAAACCUGGUUCUGUGUGGGAGGAGAGGAGCAGGGAAGACUUCAGCAGCCAAGGCCAUUUUAGGUCAGACAGAGCUUCAUUCAGUCUCCAGCUCAUCAGAGUGUGUUAAACAUCAGGGAGAGGUGUGUGGACAUCGGAUUUCUCUGGUGGAGCUGCCUGCCUUGUAUGGAAAAUCUCAGGAGGCAGUAAUGGAGGAAUCAUUCAGGUGUAUCUCCCUCUGUGAUCCAGAGGGUGUCCAUGCCUUCAUCUUGGUCCUACCUGUGGGUCCCCUCACUGAUGAAGACAAGAAAGAGUUAAAGACCAUCCAGAACACAUUCAGCUCUCGAGUAGAUGGCUUCACCAUGAUUCUGUUCACUGUGGAGUCAGAUCCUACAGCUCCAGCUGUUGAUGACUUUAUAAAAAAGAACAGAGACAUCCAGGAGCUCUGUCAGAGCUGUGGAGGAAGAUAUGUUGUUCUCAACAUCAAGAACAAGCAGCAGAUCUCUGAGGUGUUUGAUACUGUGGAGAAGAUGAGAGAUGAAGGAUCCAGAUGCUUCACAAAGGAGAAGGUUACAAGACAUAAAGCUGAACCGCAGAAUGCGCCAAAUGAUGAUGAAAAUCAGAGCAGAGAGAGUCUCAGGAUGGUGGUGAUUGGAAAGACUGGAAGUGGGAAGAGUGCAACUGGAAACACCAUUUUGGGAAAAAAGCAUUUUAAACCCAGAAUAGGUCCAAAGCCAGCGACCAAGUCUUGCGAGAAGGCAACCGGAGAAGUAGAUGGACGUCUCGUCACUGUGGUCACCACCCCUGGCUUGUUUGAUACGACUCUCUCUGAUGAUGAAGUUCAACAGGAGUUUCGACAAUGCAUCAGCCUGUUGGCUCCUGGACCUCAUGUGUUCCUAUUGGUGCUGCAGAUCGGGAACUUUACUGAAAAAGAAAAAGGCUCUGUAGAGCUGAUCAGGAGGGUUUUUGGUGAGAAGUCUAGAGAUUUCACCAUAAUUGUCUUCACCAGGGGAGAAGAACUGGUCGAUCAGUCAUUUGAGAGUUACAUUGAAGACUGUAAUGACUUUGUCAAACAACUAAUAAAAGAGUGUGGCGGUAGAUACCAGGUCUUCAACAACAAAGAUCACACAAACCGUACACAAGUCAGAGAGCUGCUGACUAAGAUUGAGAACAUGCUGAAACAAAAUGGCUGCAGCUGCUACAACACUGAGAUGUUCCAACUGGCAAAAGAAGCAAUUCAGAGAGAAGUGCAGAUCAGUGAAAGAAAAUUUGAAGAUCUGCAGGCAAAAAUAUCUGAAUUGGAGAGAUCUAAACAACAAGGCGAAGAAAGUAAUGUGAAAAUGGAGGAGCAAAUAAACAGACUGAGAGAAGAACUGGAAGAUGUGAAGAAAAAACGUUUUAACAAAAACAAAUGCAACAUCUUGUGA